AUGGCCCAGAAACCUAGCCUCAUUUUUGUGCCUGGCGCGUGGCAUAGUCCUGAAUGUUGGGGCAAGAUCAUGUCCGCCAUGGAGGCUAAGGAGUUCAAGUGUAUUCCCGUCGCACUUCCGACAAACCAAUCAACAAGCACCGACGUCAAUUACUCGCAUGACGUUAAAGCUGUCGCCGAUGCCAUCGCUGCAGAGGCGUCGCAAGGACUUGAUGUCGUUAUCUUAGUGCACUCCUAUGCUGGACCCGUGGGACAAAGUGCCAUGAGAGGCUUCACAAGCAAAUCUGCCGAUGCAGAUGGAAAUACUGGUCGCGUGAUAGGGCUUUUCAAUGUUGCGACCGGUUUCGUCCGCGAAGGGGCCUGCUUUCUGGACGCUCUCGGCGGCAAGCCCCUACCAACUUGCGAAGCCGACUAUGAGAACAAUUUAAUGGUCAUCAAAGUCGACCCGAUCGACAUGAUGUACCACGAUCUCCCGACAGAAGAGGCCGAGUACUGGGUUGGAAAGCUCAGCAAACACGCUUUGACCGGUUCGACGGAAGGUUACGAGGUGACCUACGAAGGAUGGAGGGAUGUACCUGUCUGGCAGGUCAUGACCAAGGAUGAUAGGGCUUACCCUUACGAAGCGCAGAAGAUGCUCGUCCGAGGCGCGGAAAAGGUUGGUGCGGAUAUCACGAAAAGGAUUAUUGAUAGUGCGCAUUUGCCGAUGUUGAGUAAACCUGACGAGAUUGUCGAGAUUCUGGAGGAUGCUAUCCAGGCGUUCACUUCAUGA